AUGUACGGUAGAUGCUCCGACUGUGUCAAGCUGUUUAUCGUUGUGGAGUUCAGUGUCGUAGAGAAGCGAGCUCAUGUAUUGCGAUGCCUGACGGAUAUGCCUGCUCUUAAGUCUGUGGCCCUAGAUGACAAGACUUCCAGCUUCAUUCUAACUGGUGGCAUCUUCACUGGCAAGAAAGCCGUCACACUCAGUCCGCAAUUGCUCUACCUCCUACACAUUCCGCUUCUUCCCACACUUUCUUCUGCUCCUUUCAACUUUCCUCCUGCUCAUGAUCUCUCCCACCAAGUCCGCUUAGACAAGCCACAAAGUCAUUUUACCGUCUGUUUCUCCGUCACAGAAGCCUUCGCCAACGUGGACAAAGUUCGGCCUCAUCGCUUGGAUGGCAUAUUCGAUGCUGUGCACGGUCUACAGUCAAUCGGUGUCUACGGAAUCAUCGCCUUGCCGUAUAUCGUUAUGUGUGGUGAUCGGGCCGUGGGUAAAAGCUCACUCUUGGAGUCACUCACAGGCAUAUCAUCCCGUCAACAUGUCGCGCAACCCUUUACCUGGAAAGCGUCGGCGAUCAUCUACCGCCUUUUUGCAAUGCGAGGAAGCCAAAACAAAAGGACCUAUACCUCUGCCUCGAUCGUUCCCGGCCCCUUCUGUAAAGAGGAGGACCGCAGGCGCCUUGAGAUUUGGGGCUGGGAAAGAUAUUCCAUCCCUACCCAGGUGUCAGCCCUCAUCCGAGAUGCCUCUAUGACGAUGAGCCUACCUUUGCUAUCCGAGGCUCCACAGGAUCAGAGUGCAUCUUCUCAAAACAUUCUUGAGAUUGCAAUCUCUGGCCCCGAUUGUCCCACGAUCACACUGAUCGAUACGCCAGGCCUUAUCACGACCAGAGGAAGGCACCAGCCUGCUGGAGACAUCGAGUUCGUGGAGACGCUAGUCAAGUCCUACAUCGACGAGGGCAGUACCACUGUGCUUGCAGUAUACUCUGGGGAUUCUUAUUUUGAACUCCGGCAAAUGACUACCGUGAUCCCUAAGACUGACGGACGCACUCUCGGUAUCAUCACAAAGCCCGACAAGCCCAGAUCGCACAGUACCCUGGAGUUUGCAUAUGUUAAUCUCAUACUUAGACACAAAAUGUACAAUAGCUUUGCAAAGUCCAUUAUAUAGAGACAUCCCAUCAAGAG